AUGUCUUCGUCCUCCUCUUCUCCCCACCCCGCUGUCACUGUUACGUCCAUCAAGAAUCUCAUCCCCGUUACCCUGGACAUCGAAACCGGUCAUUAUACGACCUGGUCAGAGAUGUUCAAAAUACAAUGCAAAGCUCACCUUGUGUCCGAUCACCUUCAACCGAAAUCGAAUACUGAAACCUCCUCCUCCUCUGUUUCAAAUAAAGAUAAAGACAAAGAACAACCGGCCACUACCGAGACAUGGGAGCGUCUCGACUCGAUUGUCUUGCAGUGGAUUUACAGCACAAUAUCUACUGACCUGUUGCACACCGUUCUUAAACCCGACACAACCGCCUACGAUGCUUCGACCACGAUUGCAAAUAUCUUUCAAGAUAACAAGGCCACUCGCACGAUCGACCUCAAUAAUAAAUUUGCAAACACCCACUUGGAUCAGUUUCCGAACAUGUCCGCCUACUGUCAAGCUCUCAAGGUAAUAUUCGAUCAGUUGACUAAUCUCGGUUCCUCUAUUACCGAUGAACAACUCGUUCUACAACUCCUCUCGGGCCUCACUGAGCAAUAG